CUUGCAAGGUGCACAAUAUCCCACAGUGGAGCGAUAAGAGUCCAGGAUAUGAAUGAGGACUGUAUAUAUAAAGCUCUCAGAGGAGCUGGCAAUAUUCAAGUGCAGCAAUGGCCUUCUUGUGGAUCCUAUCCUGUCUCGCCUUCUUUGGUGCAGCCUACGGCUGUGGUGUUCCUGCCAUCCCCCCUGUUAUCACCGGCUAUGCCAGGAUUGUGAAUGGUGAGGAGGCACGGCCUCACUCCUGGCCCUGGCAGGUGUCUCUGCAGGACUCCACUGGCUGGCACUUCUGCGGUGGCUCUCUGAUCAAUGAGAACUGGGUCGUGACUGCUGCUCACUGUGGUGUGAGGACCUCUCACCGUGUCAUCCUGGGUGAGCAUGAUCGUUCAUCCAAUGCUGAGGCCAUUCAGACCAUUAGUGUUGGAAAGGCCAUCAUGCACCCUAACUACAACAGCUACACCAUCAACAACGACAUCCUCCUGAUUAAGCUGGCCACUCCCGCUAAGCUCAACUCUCAUGUGUCUCCUGUGUGUCUCGCUGAAACCAGUGACAACUUCGCUGGAGGCAUGAAGUGUGUGACCUCUGGAUGGGGCCUGACCAGGUACAAUGCUGCUAAUACCCCACCCCUGCUCCAGCAGGCUGCUCUGCCUCUGCUGACCAAUGAUGACUGCAAGCGUUACUGGGGAACCAACAUCACUGAUCUGAUGAUCUGUGCUGGAGCCUCUGGUGCUUCUUCUUGCAUGGGUGAUUCUGGUGGUCCUCUGGUCUGUCAGAAGAAUGGAGUCUGGACUCUGGUUGGUAUUGUGUCCUGGGGAAGCAGCACCUGCUCAACCAGCUCGCCUGGUGUGUACGCCCGUGUCACCAAACUCCGUGCCUGGGUUGACCAGACCGUUGCUGCAAACUAAGGCACAGAUGUUUACAGUAGUUCUUGGUCAUAAUUCUCAUCAAUAAAGUUUUAUUUUGAGACAAAAAAA